UUCAUGCCCCCGCCUUAUUCUUUCUAAUGACUAUAUUAAAUAUCCCCCCACACAAAAAAAAUAGCUACUGUAGGGGAGUAUUCCUUUAAACACAGCCCUCUUUAAUUACGUGCAGGCAAUAGAAUUUUUUUUUCUUUUAAACAAGAAACUGCCAACAAAAAAAAACCCAUCCUGUUCAUAGAUUCCAUUUUUCUGCCUGUGCAAAGAACAAACGCCUUUACACACUGAGAGUAUUGGGUUUCAUUUUACCAGAUUAAUUUGAGCAGCAGAAGAUCCUGUGGUAUCAGGUGCAAUUAACCUCCUUGGCCAUUUGAAAGAUCAGGCCAUUAUACUUUACAAUUUCAAUGCUAAGGUCCCCAGGCGACUGCCAUAAUUCCAUGUUUUACUUAAGAGAAAAAGAACAAGAGGAUUGAAAAUAAAGAUAGCUGUUAAAAAAAAGAAAGAAAAAAAAAGUGGAGGAACAACUACAGAAGGGACAGAGGAGAUGCCUUCAUUGGCUUCAGGUUAGCACUCCUUGGGAGGAGGCAUCAGGGACAGCGUCAUGGUGACACGAAGAACCACAGCAGAACCUAAGAGGACCAGUCGCCAUGACAGCCUUUUGGGGCCUACUGGCUUGGGCCUUUACCCUAACUACAGCAGGCGCAUCAAACUUCAAGAGAGCCAGGGGUCCUGAGCAGGAUUCAAGAGAUUUCCUAUCCAGUCUGAGCCAUUAUGAGAUUGCCUUCCCGGCCCAGGUGGACCAGAGAGGGAACUUCCUGACCUAUGACCUUCGCCGCACCCCUCCAAACAUUCGCCGGUCUCGUCGCAGUCUCCCAGAAGUAGCAGAUCGUCAGCUUUUUUACCGGCUACAGGCUCAGAGCUCCAGUUUCCUCCUGAACCUCACCCUGCAGACAGAACUUUUGGGGCAACACUUUACUGUGGAGUAUUGGAAAAGAGGAGGGCUGGACUGGAAGCAUGACCUCUUCGAAGACUGUCACUAUGUUGGCCACAUCCAAGACCAGCAGCUGAGCUCCAGGGUAGCCAUCAGCAACUGCAAUGGCUUGCUUGGAGUCAUAGUAUCAGAUGAAGAAGAGUAUCUUAUUGAACCACUGCUCUUUGGUGGAAACUUAAACAAGACUGGUGAGGGGACUCCACAUGUGCUGUACAAACGGUCAUCUCUUCAACGCCAACAUUUGGAUGCAGCCUGUGGUGUUAUAGACGAUAAGCCCUGGAAGGAUCGUCAUUGGUGGCUCCACAAUCCAAGACCGCCACCAUUUCGUCCAGUAUCCAAUCAGACACAGCGUGGGCUCCUUCCACUAAAGCGUUCAGUUAGUACAGAAAGAUAUGUAGAGACCUUGGUUGUGGCAGACAAAAUGAUGAUUGGCUAUCAUGGACGGCGGGAUAUUGAGCAAUAUAUUCUGGCUAUUAUGAACAUUGUUGCCAAACUUUUCCAGGACUCAAGUUUGGGAAAUAUUGUCAACAUAAUGGUGACACGCUUGAUUCUCUUAACUGAAGACCAGCCCACUUUGGAGAUUAACCAUCAUGCAGGCAAAUCCCUGGACAGCUUCUGCCGGUGGCAAAAAUCUAUUGCAAACCGUAAUGGCAAUGCAAUUUCAGAGAGUGGAAUUGCCGAUCACGAUACAGCUGUGCUGAUAACCAGAUAUGACAUCUGUAUUUACAGAAACAAACCAUGUGGGACUCUAGGUUUGGCACCAGUUGGUGGUAUGUGUGAGCGGGAGAGAAGCUGCAGCAUAAACGAAGAUAUAGGCCUAGCCACGGCUUUCACUAUAGCGCAUGAGGUGGGACACACGUUUGGUAUGAAUCAUGAUGGCAUUGGUAAUGGCUGUGGGUCCCGGGGACAGGAGACUGCCAAGCUUAUGGCAGCUCAUAUCACUAUGAAGACUAAUCCCUUUGUGUGGUCAGCCUGUAGCCGUGACUAUAUUACCAGCUUCCUUGACUCAGGGCUUGGAACCUGUCUUAGCAAUGCACCACCGCGACACGACUUUGUGUACCCCACUCAGGCUCCUGGACAGGCAUACGAUGCAGAUGAUCAGUGUCGAUUCCAGCAUGGAGUUAAAUCCCGCCAGUGUAAAUACGGGGAGGUGUGCAGUGAGUUGUGGUGUCUCAGCAAAUCUGGCCGUUGUAUUACUAACAGUAUCCCCGCAGCUGAAGGGACUAUCUGCCAGACAAACACCAUAGAAAAAGGAUGGUGUUAUAAAAGGGAAUGUGUCCCAUUUGGCACACGGCCAGAAGGUGUGGAUGGAGCGUGGGGUGUGUGGUCUUCAUGGGGGGAAUGCAGCAGGACAUGUGGAGGAGGAGUGUCCUCAUCUGUACGUCAGUGUGACAAUCCCAGGCCAACGAUUGGCGGAAAGUAUUGUUUGGGGGAGAGAAAACGCUAUAGAUCGUGCAACAUUGAUGAUUGCCCUGUGGGGUCACUAGACUUCAGGGAAAUGCAAUGUGCAGAGUUUGAUAAUGUGCCCUUCAGAGGAAAGUAUUACUCCUGGAAAAGUUACAAAGGAGGGGGGGUUAAGGCCUGUUCCCUGAACUGUCUGGCUGAGGGCUUUAACUUUUACACUGAGAGAGCUGCAGCUGUGAUUGACGGGACGCCCUGCAGGCAGGAUUCAUACGAUAUAUGUGUCAACGGAGAGUGCAAGCAUGUGGGCUGUGAUAGGAUUCUAGGAUCGGACACUAAGGAGGACAAGUGUCGUGUUUGUGGAGGGGACGGCAGCACAUGUGAAACUAUUGAGGGCAUAUUCAACCAAUCCCAGUCUGAAGAUGGACACGAGGAGGUUGUCUGGAUCCCGAAAGGCUCGGUUCAUAUUGACAUUCGUCAACUUAACGUAUCACUCAGUUAUCUGGCAUUAAAGGAAAAGGAAAGUGGUGAAUAUUUUGUCAAUGGCAGAUUCCCCCCAGACAGUGCCCGGAGGUAUGAUGUGGCUGGGACCACCUUUCACUACAAGAGGACCCAAGAUGAGCCAGAAUCACUUGAGGCUUUGGGACCAACUAAUGCCACACUAAUUGUCAUGGUGGUAUUAAAAGAGGAGUUUCCUGGGAUCCGUUACAAAUUUAAUUCUCCCAUCAUCAGAGAUACACAGAGUGGGUACAUGUGGCAUCUAACUCCGUGGACCAAGUGCUCGGCCCUCUGCGCUGGAGGAGUGCAGUUUCAGCAAGUUUUAUGUAAAAGGCUUACAGAUGGAUCCCAAGUUCCUGAUGAUCUGUGUGAUCAGGAUGCCAGGACCCAGGAGAAACAACGUUCCUGUAAUACCGAACCAUGCCCCCCUGAAUGGGUUAUGGGACUCUGGUCGGAGUGCAGCAGGAGCUGUAAUUCUGGUGUACGCACACGAAGUGUUAUCUGUCAGCGGCGAGGGUCGGCAGGAGAGAAUAAAUCCCUGGCUGAUAGCUUUUGCCCCCCUCCUCGUCCACCAAUGCUGGAGUCUUGCAAUAUCGAUGUAUGCCCACCUGAAUGGGUGGCACUAGAUUGGUCUGAGUGUACUCCAAACUGUGGACCAGGAUUCAGACACAGAGUUGUCCUGUGCAAGAGUGGAGAAAACGAUAGUACACUUCCCAAUCCUCACUGUCCUGCCAAGGACAAGCCAGCAACAAGUAUGCGAUGUACAGUGCAACGGUGCCCCCCACCCCGCUGGGUAACGGGAGAAUGGGCAGAGUGUUCAGCCCAAUGUGGCCUUGGGCAGCAGAGACGUUCUGUGCAGUGUGUGAGUCACACUGGGCAGCCAUCAGUGGAAUGUGCAGAUUCCCUGCGCCCCUCUGCCAUGCAACAAUGUGAGACCAAAUGCGAGGCUGGACCCUCAGAAAGCCUGGAGGAAUGCAAGGAUGCAAACAAGGUGGAGUACUGCCCUCUAGUGGUCAAGUUUAAAUUCUGCAGCCGACCCUACUUCAAACAAAUGUGCUGUCGGACCUGUCAGGGACUCUGAUUUUUUUGAUUUUUGUAUUUUAUCCACAGCAACCUUCCUUUGUCAUUUGUCCUUUUUUUACUCCUUCAGCCUUACACUGGUUCUCUCCACAUGUACUUUACUUACAUUUUCAUCUUCUUCCUCAAAUACUGCUUUCCUUAUUUUAUAUUCUCUCAUUCUUUCUCUUCAACCAUGUUGAUUUUCACCACUUUUUCUUCUUUCUUAUACCUAAUCUCAUAAUGUUUUUUUCUACCUCUUCCUCUCAUCUAUUCUGUGCUUUUGGUCCAAAAUUCAAUACCAUGUUCUCACUUGUCCUUGAUUCAAUGAAUGUAUUAUUAAUAUAAUCUGACCAUCGUUGCUAUAUAGCAAUCCUAUUUUUACAUUGUUAACAAAGGACAGGCACACAGUUUUAUGUUGUAAAGAAAUGCAAAUUACAUAAAAGCAAUAUUUUAUUUUUCAAUUUAUCAUUUUUGAAAGCCAUUGACUCCUCACUGCCCAGGGAUUUUAACAGCUCUGUUUGCAGAGGAAUUGUUAAAGAGACAGUAGAUAUUGAAAUACAAAGUAAAUUUGUGAAAUCAAUACACAUUCAGUUUGUGUUUAUUCCCUUUUUGGUUGCCUUAAAAAUAACUUUAACCUUAUUUAUUGGGGCCAGGUGCUGGGGUAAAGCCCACACAUUUGAGAUCAGAAAAUCAGGUUAAUAUUACUUUUAUUUGGCAUAAACAAAUUGAAUAUGCUUUGAUUCCACUAGCUUACUUUGUAAUUCAACAAUUACAGUCACUUUAAAGGGACAUGAAACCUACAUUUUUUCUUUCAUCAUUCCGAUAGAGAGUACAAUUUAAAAACAAAAGUUUCCAAUUUACUUCUAUUAUCAAAUUUGCUUCACUCUCUUCUUAUUCUUUGUUGAAUAGAUAGUAAUAGUGCUGCCAUCAAGUGUUCUUGCUAAUGUAUAAAAUUGUUGCAAAAAUGCUGCAAUAUAGUACUGCAGACACGUGGACGCUCCUGAACGUACCGUCCUGCUUUUCAAGAAAAGAUAAGAAGAAAAUUAAGACAAUUUGAUAAUAGAAGUAAAUUGGAAAGUUGUUAAAAAUUGUAUUUUCUAUCCGAAUCAUGAAAGAAAAAAGUUUGGUUUUAUGUCCCUUUACAUUUCUUGUUAUUCACCUUUUGUAUAGAAAAACAAACUAAUUGUAGUCAACAUGUUUGUGUACUUGAAUAUUAUUAUUAAUAUCUCAUGACUUUCCCACAAGCUUUUGUGUAGCUAUGCAAUAAGAUGGAUUUGUUUUCUGGGAAUCUUUACCUGUAUGUGGUCUUAAGAAGCGACACAUAUUCCUAUAAAGAGGAAACAUUGCAGAUAAAGGAGACAAUCAUGUGGAAUGCUGCUCUAAAAGGCUGGAGAAAUCUUGAAAAUAUGUCAAAUUAAGCAUAAGAAGUUCUAGCAAUAUCUUUGUCAUUGUUUUACUUAUGUGUUUAUCUAUCUAUAUAUACAGUAUAUACACACUAAUGCUACAAACCCCUUCUGGUCAAUCUUGUGAAAAGGAAAAGCUUGAAAAAACAGGAGUAUUUCAGACGCAGGACAGUAUUGCAGCAAAAUCACUACAUCUACAGUAGUACAGUACAGCAAAUUAUAAAUUAAAGGGAUAUGAAAGCCAAUGUUUUCCUUUCAUAAUUCACAUAGAGCAUAUAAUUUUUAACAACUUUUUAAUUUACUUCUAUUAUCAGAUUUUCUCUGAUCUCUUGGUAUUUUUGUUGAAAAGCAGGGAUGUAUCUCAGGAGCGUGCACGUGUCUGAAGCACUAAAUGGCAGCAGUUGUGCAAGAAUGUUAUCCAUUUGUAAGAGAACUAGAUGGCAGCACUAUGUCCUGCCAUGUAGUGAUCCAGAUAACUACCGAGGUAUCUCUUCAACAAAGAAUACCAUGUAAACUAAGCUAAUUUGAUAAUAGAAGUAAAUUGGAAAAAAAAUGAAAUCGUAUGGUCUUUCUGAAUAACUAAAAAAAGGGUUUUGAGUUUGAUAUCUCUUUAAACAACGAGGAAGACAGAAGAAUAAAGUUGAGAGGAGGAGUUGUCCUGUGGCAUCUAUCACGUUUGGGUUUUGUACUUUCUGCUGUUGUGGUGUUAUAUGACACUGUCCUUCAGACUACUGUUUGAUUUUUCCUAGCAACCUGCAUUGUGGUGGUAGGUGAUGAAAGCAGCCUGGUAGUUGUAGAAAAUAAGAAAGAUGAAUGGUGCUUCACUCAAAUAUAUCCAUACUAAAGCCAAAUAUAUGGUGGUAGUGUCAUUUUGUUUAUGGGCCUGAGAGAUUGUCCUAGAACUGAAAAUUUGGGGGAGGCAAACAUGUACUUCCCUUGCAGAGCUGCAUGACCAUACAUAUUGAUGACUAGGACCGGGAAGCUGGGGACAUCUGUGGCUGGAGUUAUUGGAAUUCUGUAGACACGACAGGUGGAGUUGCGAGUGUUCUGUUUAUGGAGUUGAGUAUAGUGUGGGUAGAGUUGGCCAGUCCAUGGAAUUCCUAGUUGGUCCCUAGUCGUGGCUAUGCAGGAAGGGCAAUUCUCCCCUUUCCUCUCAACCCAAAGAGCACCUUUACUCAAUAGGGGUGAAACUUAAACAUUUGGAAGUGUUUUUGUACCCCGUAGAAGCAACAGUGUGUACAAGAUAUGCAUUUGCCAUUGUCAAACAACAUCACACAAAAACGAACAUUCAUUAUCUUCUUUAACAGAAACAGACUGUUUUAUAGAAAUGUCUCAAACAGAUUUAAUAUUUUAUAUAUGCCAAAGACUUGACUUUUGCUUGUAUAAUUCUAAGAUGAACAGCUUCUUUAAUAUUGAAUUGCCAAGAACAUUUAACUUGAUGCGGAUAAAUUCUCUCUGAUGCACAUACUGUAAGUGGAUUGGAAAUGUGUUUAUAUGUUUGAUUCCUACAUUGCUAGAAUUGUUAAAAUGAAUUAACAGA